ACAACGCUGCUUAUCAUUGCACAUACUAGUGAGGAGUUCAUUCAAGACUUUCUUCAACGUGACAACGUCGCACAAGCGAUGCCAACACUUCAGUAGAGGUCGUGCAUGGCAUUGAAAACUACAACUGAUUCAUAAAACAUAUCCACCGACGUACUCGUGUAAACAGUUGUCAAUCAGUAGCUAGGAGUGUAUGUUGGGAGCAGGCAGAACAUAGAAUUUUUUCUACGUAAAAGACAACUUGUUUGUGAAUGCUGGAUACACCAAAUUUGAGAUGAGCAACAUCAUAGGAGGCAUAGAAGGUGGGGCUACCCAUUCGACACUCACACUAUUAGAUACAUCGGGAAAUGUAGUAACUACAGUAAAAUCCCAAGGAACAAAUCAUCACCUCAUAGGAAUGGAAGAAUGCAGAAAAAGGAUAGCAAACUUAGUCAAUAUGGCCAAGAAAGAAGCCGGAAUUUCAUUAGAUACACCACUUUUAGCCUUGGGUUUGAGCCUAAGUGGGUGCGAACUGGAGGAGUCAAAUAAUCAACUUGUUGAGGGACUUAAAAAAAGUUAUCCCAACCUCAGUCAAUAUAUUGCUAUCGGGAGUGAUACUGACGGAUCAGUAGCUGCAACCUCAAAUAAUGGUGGUUUGGUUUCCAUUGCAGGCACUGGCUCCAAUACUCUUCUCAUAAAUCCUGAUGGGACAAGGACACAAUGUGGUGGCUGGGGUUACCUUCUAGGAGAUGAAGGAAGUGCUUGGGACAUCGCUCACAGAUCCAUCAAAACCUGCUUCGACGCGAUUGACAAACUCGAAAAACCUCCACAUCCUAUAGACACUCUGUGGAAGAGAAUCCAAAAAUAUUUCGAGAUCACCAACCAACCAGACCUCCUAGACAUAUUCUACGGUCCAUUCUGCAAAGCGAAGAUUGCAGGGUUUUGCAAAGAAGUAGCCGAAUUAGCAAACUCCGGUGAUCCUCUUGCUCUUCAUAUAUUCUCAGAAGCUGGACGAUAUAUUGCCAAGUCAAUAACAGCUGUUUAUCCUAAGGCAUCACCAAAACUAACUGAUAUGCCGGAUGGUCUUCAAGUAGCCUGUGUAGGUUCUGUUUGGCUCAGUUGGAGCUUACUCAAAGAAGGAUUCGUUAGACACAUCGAGGACAAUACUGAUAUCCAGAAAUUAAUGCUCAUAAGAGUUAUAUGUCCUAGUGGACUUGGUGCUGCUUAUAUGGCUUGUGAUAAACUGGGUUUAGAUGUUCCUAGAAGUUAUAAUAAGAACUAUGAGAUACUCUUCAGAUACAAAAGAAAUAGCAGUUCCUACGUUUGUUCAAGUAGCUAGAAAAUUGAUGUAUAGAAUUCGUUAAAAUAAUAUUGUAUAUAAUAUAUACAUAAGCAUCAUAUGCAUACGUACAUAUCUGAAUGUUGAUAAGACUCCUAAAGAACUAUAUUCCUAUUUUUUCAAAUGAAAAUAAAACUGGUUCACUAUGAUCCAGUUCAGAGCUAUUUUUGUGUACAUUGGUAAUAAAAUAUGGUUGAUUUUAA